AUGGCUUAUUAUGGGUACCAAUACAAGCAGCAGUGCUACGUUCCAGGUGGGGUGAAGCACGUCACACCGGUCUUCACGCAGUGCCACAACCCCAGUGCGGUGAAGUGCGUGUCAUGCACUCCAUGUGCUUCUAAAGGCGCCAAGCUGUGCACUGUGAGGAAGACCAUGCAAAGCAGCCCCAAGUGCUCCGCACCAUGUUCAUCACGGUGUGUUGAGACACACAUUGUGGAAGGCCACUCUUCCUCCUGUAGGCCCAGGUCUCCUGAUCCAUGCACCAUGGUGUUCCCUCAGCCCCACGUGCAGGGCAGGGAACAUCUCUGCGUGUCACACUGUGGACAGCCAGGCAUUACGGGAUACCCUCAGAUAUGCGCUCCAGCUCACAUGUACCAACACAGCUCUCAUCCUUAUUCCUACCAGUGGUCCAAUAGCUACCACUACAACUGCGGGCAGCAAUAA